AUGCCGAGCGGCAGUGCGAUCUGGCUGGUGGCCUCGCCGCCAGAUGGAGAUGCAUCAGAACAGAUCGUCGAGCUCGACCAGAAGCUCAACGCCAUCCUGCCCUCCUCGAGCUCAUCGACGGCGACGAAUGGCCUGAACAAGCUAGCCAGCUCCAUGCCCAGCUUGUCCACCUCUGGCGGUGUGGCCAGAGUCGCUCCCCUCACAUGGCCCCCCUUCAAGACGGGCACGCUAUCUAGCUUGCUCAAGGUGUCAGAGACGUGCAACAAGUACGACAACGGCUUCACCUCUAGCCUCAACAAGAUCGUCGAGACACUGCGCUCGCUCGAUGCUGACUCACUCGGCCAGCAUCUCGUCAUCGAUGAAGGGCAGCCUUGGCAAGCCUAUCUACUGGACGGAUGGGAGUGGAACAGAGCAAAGUACAGGGUAGAGGGCAAACCGCUCGAGGAGCUCGUCGAGUCGCUGCAAAAGGAGAUGAGCUCCCUCGAAGCAAUACACAAGCAGAAGCAGACGAGCUACAAUGCGACCAAGCAGCAACUUGCAGGCGCCAAUCGAAAGCGGACUGGCAAUCUGUCAACACGAGACUUGUCGACUGUUCUCAACAAAGAAGAUUCUUUCGGUCUGAUACAAGACUCGGAAUACCUCGAGCAGCUUUACGUAGCCGUUCCCAAGAACAGCAUCAAAGACUGGCACGCAAAUUACGAAUCACUCACCAGCAUGGUCGUGCCCCGGUCUUCAAUAGAGAUCGUCUCGGACGAAGACUUUACACUCUUCUCAGUCACCAUCUUCCGCAAGGUCAAGGACGAGUUCACCCAGAAAGCGCGGGAUCACAAGUUCGUCGUGAGAGAAUUCAGGUACGACGAGGAUGCGGUCCAGAAGCAGCAGAGUGAACAGGAUGAGCUUGAGAGAAGCGAGAAAGAUCAAUGGACGGAUCUACUACGGCUGUGCAGAAUCAAUUUCUCAGAAGCUUUCCAGGUGCUCGUGCAUCUCAAGGUCAUCAGAGCCUUUGUCGAAUGCGUCUUGCGCUAUGGCCUACCUGCGCACUACUUUGGUGCUUUUGUCAAGCCCGAGCCGAAGCAAGCAAAGAAGGCAGUCCAGAACCUGCAGACUUACUUUGCACCCUUUACGCCCAAGCAAGAUCGGCAGUUUGGCGGGAAGAAGAAGUCGGGUGGCGACGAAGGGCUUGUGGGAGAAUAUCAGAGCAUGAUGGAGGCAGAGCUAUUCGAUUUCGUCUUGUUCGAGGUAGACGAUGUAGAGAUCAGCUCACGCUAA